UCGGGCGGACGGGGCCGCUGCCAGCCGGGCCGCGCCGAAACUAAAUACCCAAAAGCGUUUGUGAUCGCGCGAGCGGUUGCCAAAUAUGGCACGAAUCUCGGGUUUCGCGAGGCGCGCGCGCCGCCGAGCUGGCACAACACCAGCCACUGCAAAAACGCUCUCUGUUCCCGUCUAAAAACACGUAAAAAACGUUUUUAUUUCUGUAGCGAGCGGCCUCUAAAUUUAGGCCGUAUGGAAACCGAAAGUAAUACGAGCGAUUUUGGUUGGGGCCGCGUUGUCUGUAUUUAGAUUAGAGCGGCGCGGGCGCAGCUCGGCGCAGUGCGCGACUCGCGACUCGGGAGCCGCGCGACUCGCGACCUCCGCCGCCCGCGCGUACACGCCGGACAUGCGCGCGCGCACGCGUUAUCAAUUAACUGUUUUGUGAUAUUAGUGCACAAUAUAAAGGAUUUGGAUGUCACAAAUGUUGCCCGAGGGCGGAGAAGUGAUGCGGCGCGUGGCGUGCGGCGACGUGUGUCCUACGCCGCCGCCCGCGCACCCGCCCGCGCCGCAAGCGCAACAAAGGACAUCGGAGAACAAAGAGCUGUUACGUCAGCAGCUCCUGUCGGCCAGCAAAGAGCGCCUUGAGAAGCAGGAGUCUCCCAAACCGAAGCACGCUCGCAACAGACAGAAGAACCGAUGGAAGCUGAAGUUCCACCACCAGGCGCUGCCUCAGGAGUACCUCGACCACUACGAGCAGAGCCUGCAGAAAGCCAACGCCGCUAAACAGGCGCAGCAGAAGCACAAGCCCGCGGACAAACCCAAAGCUGAACCAAACUUUGACAUCAACAACUUCAGUAACGAAACGUUUAAGAUCUGGGCGCAAAGGCUGGCGGGCAUACAGAAUGAGACUGGAACACUAACCGUGCCACAAGUGUCUUCCAUGAUCAACAUGGCGCCCAAACCACCCGCCAAGGACGAGAAGAAAAAGAAGAACCCCGCCAUAGCUCCAAGCAAAAUUGUCACGUACGACGACUUGCCGUAUAUGGGAGAGAUGACGCUGAACAACUCCAAGCCGAGGAGAGGGCGGAAGCCCAAGAAAGCAGAUAUCUGCCACCUAAUAUAUGAGAACUACGGGACUGUGGUGCCGGGACAACCGCCGCCCGCGCAGGACCGACUAAAUCAGCUCAACAUGUGCCCGCCAUUCAGGGGAACGGACAAUCCUCCAACGAGCAGCCCAAAAACUGACUUGCAGAACAAAAUUAUCUCUAGUUUAUUGGAGAGGAAGUUGUCACAAGAAAACAAAAAGCGACUGGAAUCAAUGACGCCACCUAAGUUUUCCAGCCCGGACGAGCCGAUGCCCGAGGCGCCGGUCACCAUCGCAGGACCCCUUCACAGUGACGACGAGCCUCUGAACCUGUGCAUCAGAGAUUUACACGAUCUUAAGAUCCAAAUACAGAAAAAGUUCGGGAACAUUUACUCGUCCCUACCUGAAGUAAAGACUGAAGUAGAAACUGAGAGUUCGGAGCAGGACGGCGUGAAGGCUGAGCAGCCUCCGAACGCGAUCUCGGUCAUACAGCGGAACACGAACCUGUCGCCGGUGACGGCCAGCAGCUCGCCCGAGCUGUCGCGGCCGCGCAACGUGUCGCCCACGCUGUCGGAGCCGGCGCAGUCCUCCGCCAGCCCCGACAGCGACGGCAAGUUCCCCGGCUACGUGUACUGGCCCAACGCCGGCAUCUACAUGCACCCGCUGGCGCUGCAGACGCAGCUGCUGUACUACCGCCGGCUGGCGGCGGCCGGACACCUGCCUUUCCCCGGCGACGCCGACAACCGGGGCUCUGCCUCCACGCCCAACAGUGUUAGUGAAGUGUCAGAAAACUCUUCCGUAGACGAUAACAAAAACAAAUUAGUGCUCAAACAAAUUUCAGAACUGUUAGACCCUAAAGUGAUAAAACAAGUGGAGGAAGCGAAACGGAGUCCAGAUCAAACCAAAAUGAAGCGAGUGUCUCCGAACCCAGUGCAGGGCCCAGUGAAGAGAAAACGCUCGGCGAUAUUCAUCCCGCCGAUGCCGAGCAAGACCAGCUCCACCACGCCUACCACGGAGGUCAGCAUUUGUAAGUUCAAGUUCACCGGAGGCUCCAAGCCUUCGUUGCAAGAGAAAAAAAUGCUAUCAGUUGACUCCGGCGGCAACUUCAGAUAUUAUAGCGGCACAGGGAACAAGGGGAAUAAAGGUUACGAAUAUUUACAACGGGACUCAAAUCAAGGCAAGAAUGCUAACGCUUCAGCGGAAACGUCGACCUCGCAGCCGAAAGUAGAAGAGCAGAGUACGGCUCUGAGCAAAGAAGACUUGAAUAAAAAGAAGAGGAAAUCGAGGAAAAGUUUACAGCGAGAGAAGCUAGAGCAGACGUUCAAGGAGAAGGGGUUUUUGAUACAGACGCAGCAGUUGCAGUCGGCGGAGGGGGCGACGUACUGCAAGUUCCGGCAGCUGAGGAAGUUCACGCGGUACUUGUUCCGCAGCUGGAAGGACUACCUGCCCGGCGAGCUCGAGGACGCCACGCACGCCUCCGCCGAGCACCCCGCGCCUCCCGCCCCCGCCACCCCCGCCUCCCCCGCGCCGCCCCCCGCCGGCGAGGCGCGCGGGGAGUGGGGGUGACGUCACGCGUGAACGUAACAUGACGUCACACUCGCCGCACUGGCUCCGCACGGAAGGCUGACGUGCUCACUGUACGAGGAAUUGAAUUGAACCCCUUGUGCUUGUACAUAACGUGAAGUUAUUCGGACGCUGGAGAAUUAACCCGGCCGCUGUUGACGGUCGAAUAAUGCAUUUAAUAAUCGUGUUUAGUGAGAUUUUAAAACUAUUAAUUGUGUUGUUUUGUUCUUGAUCGCCACUCCGUCCAUAUUGAAUGGUUAUUAUCUUACUAUCGUAUCUUCGCUUUGGUUUAAAUUAUUUGUUGUUUAUUAUUAUAAUGUAAGUAAAUGUAUAAUUGUGUAAUGGUGUUUUAUAUAAAUAUGUACGAAUUUAUAAUCCUAUAACGGCUCGGCUCGUUGAAAGUACUGAACUUGUGUAUAAUAUUGUAUGUACUUAUUUACAAAUGCCUAAUAUUUAUUAUUGUAUAGUCAAGUUUUAUAACAAAACUGUUGUAAAGACUAGAUAAGACUACGUUGGGCGCUAUUAAUGUUGUUAUAGUUAAAUACUGGAGUACUAACAUAACUAGUCACGUGACACACCUCUAACUUAGCUGUAGUUAGCGUUAGGCGAUCGGCAACCUGUACAUAUUGCCAACCAGAGGCAUUCUAGUCAUUAAUGUUAAGUUUUAUACAUCGUUGUUAUUAACUGCUGCUCUAUUGUCAUUUUAUUUAAAAUGUUUUCGUAAUUUUAUAAAAAAAAAUACACUGUUUUGUAUACAAUAAACUUUAUUGCAAAAAAAGACCACUUGAUCCAGUGAUUAAAAUAUAAAGCAAAAUAAUGAAAACAGGAAUGUAAUAUACCAAUUAAAACAUUUAACCGAAUCAA